GCAAAGUCAGCCCAGAGACAGUGACGUCAGAGACAUUGAGCAGGACCCUGGAACCGGCACCAGUGAGGCAACUGCCUGUCAGCUCGGAAGCUCAUCAAACAUGGAAUUGUCAAGUCCCCAAGAAAGAGCGGAGCCAGAGACUACAAUUUCUGACCGCCUGGCGCAGGGGGACGAAUAUCAACUGUACCAACUGACAAAGUUCUACAGGGACAGACUGGAACAAGCGAUUGAAGAAAGGGUUGAAAGACUCAGCAGGAUGUUGAACAUGGAGGGACAUUUCAGUGCACAAGAAAAUGAGAAUGUCAAUGAAUUGACAGAGAAGGGAACGCGAGCGGAGAGUUCCGCACUCUUCCUCAGUUUGGUGAUGGGCAAAGGAUGCCGGAUCCAAAGGGCGAUAUGGGACUCCUUUGUGAAAAUGAGGACCGAGUUACCGAAGUUGGAUAAAAUACUAAAGGAAAUACAGAAGUUCGGGCUUGAUCCGCAGAAAUACAUGGACAUCACCCAAGGGUUAUCUGAGUUACCUGUACAACUGAGAGAUGUUCAACAGAAACACAAGGAGACCCUGCGGGAACGAACUGAAACACUGAGAGUGAACACGAUCCUGAUGAGGGAGAAGGUGAAGGUUUUCCAGCUGGUUGAUCGAUACGCUGAGCUCACGGUCAUUUCUACUGUUCGAGGUCGGAGACUGGUGGAACAUGAGCUGCUGGCAAGAGGCAGAGAGCAUGAACAAUUGAGAGAUAAACAUCUCCGCGGAGAGCUGGAAAAAAUCCGGACUGAUCAAUUAUUCCAGAGCAGCUUCUCCCGGAGUAACUCCAAAUCUGGGAGUUCGGCAGCGGUGGCCGGAGUACCAGGGAUCGGGAAAACAACAAUGGUACAAAAGAUUGUUUAUGACUGGGCCACGGGGAUAAUAUACCAACAAUUUCAAUUUGUUUUCAGUUUCAAAUUCCGGGAUUUUAACUCCAUUAACUGUAGAAUAAACCUGAGGAAACUGAUUCUGGAUCAAUAUCCCUACUUUGGGAAUUUGCUGAGAGAGGUCUGGGAGAACCCACAGAAAUUGCUUUUUAUAUUUGAUGGCUUGGAUGAAUUCAAACACAAGAUCGAUUUUACUGAUAGUCGGGGAUGUACAGAAUCUCAGGACUCAUGCACAGAUCCUAAGUUCAAGUGCAAGGUGUCUGACAUUGUGUGCAGUUUAAUCCAGGGCAAGCUGCUCCCAGGGUGUUCAGUGCUGGUGACCACCCGUCCCACUGCGUUACAUUUAUUGGAAGAAGCAGACAUCAGUGUCGCUGCUGAAAUCCUGGGAUUUGUUGGUGAGGAGCGGAAGGAAUAUUUCAUCAGACAUUUUGAAGAUCAGACAGUGGCAGCAGCUGUUUUUAAACACGUGAAGGAGAACGAGAUCCUGUACACCAUGAGCUACAACCCCUCCUACUGCUGGAUCCUCGCUCUGGCACUGGGCCCCUUCUUCACAAAGAAGGUCAGGGAUCUGCAUCGAGUUCCCAAGACCAUCACCCAACUGUAUUCCUACUAUAUUUACAACAUCCUGAAAAACCACAGCCGUGAGAUUGAGAACCCCCGUGAUGUGUUACUCAGGGUUGGUCAGAUGGCCUUCAGAGGGGUGUCCGAGAGGAAGAUUGUGUUUACAGAUGCGGAUUUGAUCAACUACAAUCUGCAGCCUUCCCAGUUCCUGUCCGGAUUCCUGAUGGAGCUCUUGGAGAGAGAGGAUUCUGCUCAGAGUGUGGUGUACACAUUCCCACACCUCACCAUCCAAGAGUUUGUAGCUGCAGUCGCACAAUUCCUGAAUCCACAUCCCGGGGAUAUCCUGAAAUUCCUCACUGAAGCCCACAACGCGACCGAUGGGCGAUUUGAGGUAUUUCUCCGUUUUGUUGCUGGUCUCUCCUCCCCAAUGACAGCUCGGUGCCUGGAGGAGUUUCUGGGUCGAUUUCCUCAUGAAACAACCUGCCGGGUGAUUGACUGGGUGAGGGAGGAGUUUAAACGCCAGAGUGGAAACACGAGGAGUGAAGCUGGUAAAAGGAGGCUCCUGAACACAUUGCACUACCUGUUUGAGUCAAAUAAUCCUGGACUGGCUCAGGCCCCACUGGAAUCUUUGGAAACACUUUCACUCCGUGGAGUGACACUGACCCCGGUUGACUGCGCGGUCCUGUCUCAUGUCAUCGGAUUUUGUGAUACAAUAAAACACCUCGACCUGGUUCGCUGCCACAUUCAGUGUGAAGGAAUCGAACGGCUGGGACCCGGGCUGCACAAAUGCCAGAACUUGGAACUUGGAACGAAUGAACUGGGCGAUUCAGGAAUGAAACUGGUUUCUGCGGCUCUGAGAAUCCCGGAGUGUAAAAUACAGAAACUGUGGCUGUGGGAUGUCGGUCUUACAGAUUCUGGUGCCGAGGAUUUUGCCUCCGCACUCGGCAUAAACCGGUCAGUGACGGUGCUGAACCUAAAUGAUAAUAAACUGGGAGAUUCAGGAGUGAAACUGGUGUCUGCGGCUCUGAGGAAACGGGAGUGUAAAAUACAGAAACUGUGGUUGGACAAUGCCGGUCUCACCGAUUCUGGUGCCGAAGAUGUCGUCUCCGCUCUCUGUGCAAUCCCAUCACUGACAGAGCUGUACCUGGCAUUAAAUUCGCUGACAGACCGUUCUGUUCCCGCUCUCCGCCGCCUCAUACUGAGCCUCCCGGGUCUGAAGCGAUUCCGGCUGUGGAGAAAUGAUUUCAGUCCGACCGGGGAGAAAGAACUGAGAUCUCUGCAGGAACCCAGACCCGAACUGAGAGUGUUCCUGACUGAGAGCGAUCCGUGAACAUCUGAAAGUGUCAGCAUCUCCAUCCGCGGGAUGGGGGACAAUUUGACUGAUUUCCCGCCCUCACACUUAAUGGCCUCCGUCCCCAUUAAUGGCCAGGCGCAAGGUUUACUUCUGACGGACCGGGUAGCGGCCCUGAACUGUGUGACGUCAGAGGUGAUCCCGCAGCCUCUUGUCCAGCAGCGCUGCUUCCGCUGAAUGUCCGGGCCCAAGUGUAUCCAGAGGGACCCUGGGGAAUUGCACAGACAGGAAGAGCCCAUUGUCGGGACUUGUCUGAGACACGAGAGUCCAGCUGUGAUUAUCCAGGGAGGGAAUCCUUCUGCUGACUUUGCAGAGGACGGUGCAUACUGCCGGCUAGCCGAUGUCAAAUUGAUAAAUACCUCUGCAGUGACCCUGGAUCUGCUACGAUAUCGGGCACGGCUCUGAUGUGUGUUUUAAAAACGAUUGGUUUUCCGAUUCAGGUGACGGUGAGAACGCGACUGAUUACUAAAUCUAAUAAUCGUGAUCAGUUAAUUGUGUGUGGCUGUGGGUGAAUCGGGAGCAGCUCAUUCAUUCCAGCACGU